AUGGACCAAGAGAGUCGAACCGUCUCUUCUGGCAUGAAGACUACGUCCGUAGGUCGUCCUCCCGGUACGAUCGACGCUCACGCAGAACGUCGUCUUGUCCGCAAGAUCGAUUUUUAUGUCUGGCCGAUUCUAUUCGUUAUCUACGUCAUGUCUUUCCUCGACCGUAUCAACAUCAGCAACGCGCGCAUUCAGGGUAUGACCGAGGACCUUAAUUUAUAUGGUAGUAGAUUCAACAUUGCCCUUUUCGUCUACUUUGUACCAUACAUCUUACUCGAGGUACCUAGCAACAUGAUCCUCAGAAAGGUUCAUCCUCCUUACUAUCUUCCAUUCCUCAUGUUUAGUUGGGCCAUUAUCAACAUGUGUAUGGGAUUUAUCAAGACGUACCAGGGCCUUGUUGCGUUGCGCUUUUUCCUCGGUGUGUUCGAAGCCGGAAUUAUGCCGGCCAUUAUCUAUCUCACAUCCAUGUACUAUAAGCGCCACGAAUUCCAAACGCGAAUUAGUUUUUUCUUUUGCUCUACCGUGAUCAGCGGUGCCUUUGGAGGGCUCCUUGCGUAUGCCAUCGCUAGUCUCAAUGGCCGCAAUGGCCUCAGUGGAUGGCGUUGGAUCUUUAUUAUCGAGGGAGCCGCUACGGUUGCCAUCGCUAUAAUAUCUAUUUUCUUCAUCGUCGACUGGCCGGAGAAGUGCCACUUCCUCUCGCCAGAGGAAAAGCAAUUGCUGCAGAUGCGCCUCGCGGACGACGGGACGGGUGGUCAUGUUCGCAUGGAUACGCUCAACACGUACGCUUAUCGGCUCAUCUUAACGGAUUGGAAGAUCUGGCUUGGCGGUUUUAUAUACAUGGGCGUUGGAACUACAGGUUAUGCGACCACUUUCUUCAUGCCUACGAUCCUGCGUGAAUUCGGUUGGGAGGCUCGCGCCGCUCAAGUCCAUACUAUCCCUGUUUAUGCAGUAUCUGCAGUGGGCAUGGUAUCCGUGUCAUACCUGUCGGACCGGCUCAAGCAUCGAUAUGGCUUUAUCAUGUUGGGCUGCGUCAUCGCAACGAUCGGCUACGGAAUUUUGCUGUGCCAAGGUGGCCUCUCGAGCGAGGCUAAGUACGGCGCGGUCUUCCUAGUGUCUUUGGGAGGGUUUGUCUGUAAUCCUAUUGCUCUCGCCUGGCUCAAUAACAACGUUGCGGGACAUUGGAAAAGAUCGUUCGCCUCUGCCAUCCAAGUCGCCCUAGGUAAUGUUUGCGGCAUAGUAGCCGCAGUCAUUUUCCGUGAGGACGAAGCUCCGCGUUACCCAACGGGUUACGGUACUGCUGUCGCGCUGAUGUGGUUCGGUGCGAUUGCAGCGUCUCUGCUUUUCGCAGGUCUGCUCGUGGAGAAUAAGAUGCGCGAUGCAGGCAAAAGAGAUGGGCGAUUGACUCACCCGAAAGAAGAAGUUGAUAACAUGGGGGAUUAUCAUCCCUCGUUCCGAUUCACCUUGUAA